AUGUUAGGUUCACAGUACCACUUGCAGGGAUCGAAAGACUGGGAUGAAGAUGGCAUAAAAAUAAUCCAACUUCUCAACGAGUGUGCCAGUUUUACUGAAUCAGGAAACUUCAUUGAUGCAGAUACUGCACUCUACAAUCUUUCUCACCUUGCUUCCCCAGAUGGCGAUUCAAUGCAACGAGUUGCCACUUAUUUCACUGAGGCACUAGCACAUUGCCAAUUGGCCAAAAAUCUGCGUGGUGUACCUAAAGUUCUCCGCUUGGUGAGAGCAUUAUCAACUCCUGAACAGCAACUUCUGAAUCAGCUCUUCUUUGAUUUCUACCCCUUCUUAAAGAUCGCUCACACGAUCACAAAUCACACCAUUAUAGAAGCCAUGCGAGGGGAAACAGCGAUCAACGUGCUUGAUCUCAGUCCAUCCAACGCAGAUCAGUGGAGUAAUCUCAUGCAGGGUUUGAGAGAGCAUUUAACAAACACACCGUAUCUGAAGAUUACUGUCACAGCCAUACACGAGAAGAAGGAAGUGUUAGAACAAAUGGAGUUGCGUCUGAAAGUUGAAGCUGAAAGGUUGAACUUCCAUUUCAAAUUCAACGCUGUUGUGAGCAGUUUGGAGAGCCUUGACCCUGAGACAUUGCCCAUCAAGAAAGGUGAGCCUCUUGCGAUUUGCUGCGUGCUUCGGCUUCAUUCUCUUCUGGCUGCAAAUCAUGAUGAGAUGGUGAAAACGAAGGUUCAGAGGGCUUUUUCUGAGAUGCUUAUAAAUCAAAGUCCUGACUCUGCACUCUCACCUUUUUCUCCAUGUCCAUCACAGAAGAUGGAGAGUUUUCUGAAUGGUCUGUGGCGGCUCCGACCCAAAGUGAUGGUGAUCACUGAGCAGGAAUCAAACGUUAAUGGAGCUAGUUUGAGAGAAAGGGUGUUCAAAGCUUUGAGCUUUUACUGCACACUGUUUGAUUGCUUGGAAGCCUCAGCUUCAAGAACAUUGAUAGGGAGAAGCCUAUUGGAGAAGAUGCUUCUUGGUGAAGAGAUCAAGAACAUUGUUGCAUGUGAAGGAGUUGAGAGAAAGGAGAGGCAUGAGAAACUAGAAACAUGGAUUCCAAGGCUUGAAUUGGCUGGAUUUGGAAUGGCUUCUGUUAGUUCCAAUGGAAUUUGGCUUGCAGAAAAGUUGUUGCAAAGCUAUGUGCCUGGUUACCACAUGCAUCAGAAGAACCAGUUCUUGUUUAUUUGUUGGGAGAAAAUUCCUCUGUUUUCAAUUUCUGCAUGGAAGUUUUAG